AAAGAAAAGUUGGAAACGUAGAUGAUAACCCGUAGGUGUGGGAAGGUCAUUGGCAUGUGACCAAUUGAUGAAAAUUGAAGUAACUAAAGAAAAUAUAGAGGAGAUAGAGAGAAUUAGAGGUGGGGGGCUAGCUAAGGAGCCAUGGGAGACCUGAUGUCAUGGCUCUUGUCCUUCUUCUUCCAUGGCUCUCUUGUUGGCCUCAUCGGGUACCAGCUCAUGUGCUUGGCCGACUUGGAGUUCGAUUAUAUGAACCCAUAUGAUUCAUCAUCCCGGAUAAACAGAGUUAUUUUGCCCGAAUUUAUCAUUCAAGGAGUCUUGUGCCUCAUCCAUCUUGUAACAGGACAUUGGUUUAUGUUUCUGGUCUCUCUCCCAUACUUAUACUACAAUGUCAGAUUGUAUAUGCGGAGACAGCACUUAUUAGAUGUAACUGAAAUCUUUAACCAGUUGAAUCGGGAAAAGCAGCUACGGAUUUUUAAGCUUGUCCAUCUUAUCGUCCUCCUAACCACUUCUAUUUUCUGGAUGAUUUGGAGCAUCGGAGGCAUAUGAUUAAUCAAGCAUCAGGGCUUCUAUGAAGUGUUCCCCACGUUGUUUCUGGCGAUGAUGAGUCUGAGGUACAAACUCCUGCGAUCAUAGUGCUUUUACAAAUCUAGCUAGAAUUUUAUACUUACUGACAAUGUUCCACACUGUUGUAACAUCAUGUUGGGUAGUGCCUUAUGUGCCUUUUAAUACUUGGGCUCUUCCCUUUUACUCAAAAUUUUCUCACUCAUAAUGGUAAAACUGCUGCUAAGAUAGUGCUGU